CACCUUUUCACCAUUCACAGGCCUGACUUCAUGUAUGACUCUGGUUGUCAAACAACUCUCAAAGCUGCCCGAGUGGCAACCCCACUGACAGGAAAUUGGAAUUUAAAAAUGUGAAAUCAACAAUGAAAAAUAUCAUAAUUCAGUGUUUAAUCUGUGGAUUCCUGGCCAUCGGGCUCUGGAUGUCUAUGUUACUUUUGUUUUUGCACCUUGAACAAGAGGACAUGCUGGAUAAAGAAACUGAGAAACUCCUAAACAAUAGGUCAUUUGGAAAAAAUCUGUACCAGCAAACCGGCCACUCAAAGAAAAUUCUCAAAGAGGACAUCAUUAAUGACAGGGCUAUGUUUUCAGAUCCAGAAAUUAUCCAAGGACUGAGUCGAUAUGGAUUAAAUGUCAUUACCAGUAGAAGACUGGGCAUCGAGAGACAGGUGCCAGACUCCAGGAACAAAAUAUGUCAGCAGAAACACUACCCAUUCAAUCUACCCACUGCCAGCGUCAUCAUAUGCUUUUAUAAUGAGGAAUUUAACACCCUGCUCCGAACAGUGUCAAGUGUGGUGAAUCUCAGCCCAAAGCAUCUCCUGGAGGAGAUAAUUCUGGUGGAUGACAUGAGUGAAUUUGAUGAUUUGAAAGCCAAGCUGGACUAUCAUCUGGAAAUUUUUCGUGGGAAAAUUAAAUUAGUAAGAAACAAAAAGAGAGAGGGUCUCAUCAGAUCAAGAAUGAUUGGUGCCUCCCGUGCUUCAGGAGACAUUCUGGUGUUCUUGGAUAGCCACUGUGAAGUGAAUAGAGUCUGGCUGGAGCCCUUGCUGCAUGCCAUUGCCAAGGACCACAAAAUGGUGGUGUGCCCUGUUAUCGAUGUCAUCGAUGAGUUAACCUUGGACUAUAUCGGGUCACCUAUUGUAAGGGGAGCUUUUGACUGGAAUCUAAAUUUCAAAUGGGACAAUGUUUUCUCAUAUGAGCUGGAUGGCCCAGAAGGACCAAGUACACCUAUCCGGUCGCCUGCAAUGUCAGGAGGAAUCUUUGCUAUAAACAGACAUUAUUUUAAUGAACUUGGACAGUAUGACAAGGACAUGGAUCUCUGGGGAGGAGAAAAUGUAGAACUUUCGCUAAGAAUUUGGAUGUGUGGAGGCCAGCUCUUCAUACUCCCUUGCUCUCGGGUUGGACAUAACAGUAAGGCACUGAGUAAAAACAGACUUGUAAACCAGAGUGCCUUGUCAAAGAAUUUACUUCGAGUGGUUCACGUCUGGCUGGAUGAAUACAAGGAAAACUUUUUUCUUCAAAGACCUUCUUUGACACACGUAUCCUGUGGAAAUAUUAGUGACCGUGUUGAAUUAAGGAAACGACUGGGUUGCAAAUCUUUCCAGUGGUAUUUGGAUAAUAUCUUUCCAGAGUUGGAGCCACUCAACGGAGGAAAAGGAACAAAGCCAUUUUUGUUAGCAAAGGGUAAAAAUGUCCCCUGAUUCCUCAACAUAUUCAUACCACAGGACAAAUUUGGAACAUCAUACAAUUAUGUAAAAUGCAAUGAAAAAUACAGAGUGGCCAAUC